UAACAAUUUUGGGGAUUGCCCCUUCCUGUUCCAACAUGACUGCACACCAGUGCACAAAGCAAGGUCCAUAAAGACAUGGAUGACCUGCUUGUCUCUAGCCCAGUGUUUCUCAACUCCAGUCCUCAUGGACCCCCAACAGGUCAUGUUUUCAGGAUUUCCAUUAUUUUGCACAGGUGAUUUGAUCAGUUUCACUGCCUUAGUAAUUACCACAGCUGUUUCAUCUGAGGGAAAUCCUGAAAACAUGACCUGUUGGGGGUCCAUGAGGACUGGAGUUGAGAAACACUGCUCUAGCCCAUGCCCCUCCAGGCUGUUU